AUGAUUUUUUCAAUAGUUGAAGCUAUCUUCCUUUUUUUAUUUUUAUUUUUUACCUACAAAUACUCCACCAAUACCAACAAUGGCCCACCACCAUCAUCACAAACACCACAACAAGAAUCACCACAAACACCACAACAAGAAUCACCACAACCACAAUCAAAAAGAACUGCAUCAACCCCAAAAGAAGAAGAGCAACCACAACCAGAACAACCAUUUUCUCAUUCGCUUUCACAAUCAACCAGCUACACAAGUUUAAAUAAAACCCACUCACGUUAUUCAACUGGUAGUGUUCCAUCAACCAAUCAACCACAACAACCACAACAACCACAACAAAGCCACCAAAAAGAAUACUCACAACCACAAAAACAGUAUUCUCAUUCAAACAGCUACCCUAAUUUUAAUAAAACCCAAUCACGUUAUACUACAGGUAGUGUUCCAUCAACAAGUCAACACCCAAACCCAAACCCAAACACAAACACAAACCCAAACCCAAACCCAAGCCCAAAUCCAAAUCCAAGCCCAAACACAAAUCCACAACAUAAACAAUCAAGUGCACAUUCUUUCAACUACCCAACAUUUAACAGAGAACAAUCACGUUAUAGUGCCGCUGGUAAUUCUAGAUCCACUAAUAUCCCACAAAAAUGCCCACAACAAUCACAACAGCCAUUUAAAUCAUCAAGGGCAGAAUCGAAUUACCCAGCUUUUAAUAGUUCACACUCACGUUUCAACACUGCAGACGGACCAACAUCAACAUCAGUUAAUACUCCAACAGCCAACCAACAACAAAGCGCACACAAAUCAUCUGAAUACCCAUCAGUCAAUAAAGAACAAUCUCGUUAUAAGUGUGCAAAUUCAACAUCAUUUAAUAUUCCAGCUUUCAAUUAUGCAAAUAAAGAAAAAUUAAAUAGAGAAAAAGCAGAAAAAGAUCGUAUUGAAAAAGAAAAGAUGGAAAGAGAAAUGUUGGAAAAGGAAAGAGUCCGUGAAGAAAAUGAACGUGCAGAAAAAGAAAAAUUAGAGAACGAAAGAAUAGAAAAUGAAAGAUUAGAGAAAGAAAAAAUAGAAAGGGAGCGUUUAGAAAAAGAAGAGGUUGACGAAUGUUGUAUUUGUUAUGCCAAAUUAAACUCCAACAAUUCCACAUCGAUAGAUUGCUCCCAUAAAUUUUGUUACGGAUGCAUCACUAAAUGGUACACAAUAGAAGAUACUUGCCCAUUGUGUAGAAAAACAUUUUAUUAUAUUCAAAGAGAGGUUCGUUGUCCAAGAGAUGUCGAAUUAGAUAGAAUACUUCAAAAAUAUAGUUCCGAAAAUAAUUCCGAAGAAGAAUUCAAAGAUAAUUCCAAAGAUGAGUCCGAAUAUGAAUCUGAAGAUGAUCAAUCCGUUUACGAUUCAGAUCAUCAUUCCGUUUAUGAAUCAGAAUUCGAUCCAGACAAUCAUUUAAAUCAUGAUAUCUCUUCUGGUAACAAUGAAAAAUUAGUUGACUCUAUGUGUCUCGAUUAA